GCACGCUCUGAGGGCCGAUGGCAGCGGCGGCGGUGGCGGCAACUGGGAGCGGGACGCCCCGGGACGAGGAAGGGUCCAAUGGGGAGUCAGCAAACCAGCAGCCUCAGGCUCCUACGAGUGCGCCCGGGGCUCGUCUGUCGAGGCUGCCUCUGUCGAGAGUGAAGGCCUUGGUGAAGGCGGACCCCGACGUGACGCUCGCGGGACAAGAAGCCAUUUUCAUUCUGGCACGAGCCGCGGAGCUGUUUGUAGAGACUAUUGCAAAAGAUGCUUACUGUUGCGCUCAGCAAGGAAAAAGGAAAACCCUGCAAAGGAGAGAUUUGGAUAAUGCAAUAGAAGCUGUGGAUGAAUUUGCUUUUCUGGAAGGUACUUUGGAUUGAUGGCUGAGCUGGACAGUUUUGUGACUCUUCACCUCCAAUCUUCAGUUAACCCGUGAUCUACAAGCUUGAACUUUGGAGAGUAGAGUCUUUGGGAUACUGCGCUUGUACACUUAAAAAACUUCUUUUUGGUUUGGUUUGGGGGCCACACUUGGUGAUACUCAAAGGGUUACACCUGGUUCUUCACUCAGUGCUCCUGUUCUACUGUCACCUAAGCUGGGUUAAGCAGAGAGCUCACCGGGUUGCUUUUCUCUGUAAGGUCUUCCAUUUUCUGUGUCUUCCAUUUCAGGCCUAGACACAUCUGAUGCGUGGGGCAGGUAGAAGAGACUGUUUUGUGCAAGUUUUUUGAUGAAUAAUAAAGACCCAAAUAUAGGUCUCUGAUCAAUAUCCAUCUAGUAUAUUUUAUAACCUUGCCUUUGUUUUUGCCCUUAUGAUUAGGAUCUACAGUCAUGACCCUUACUGCCCCUGCAAGCCCUUCUAAACCUCAGUCAUUUUAAGCAUUUGUUCUUUUUUUCCACUGUGUCACCAGAAUAUUGUUCCAGAAUUUGCCAGAUGCCAAUUAAGUUUUUAAAUUCAGAGAAAUGUUAUAAAUGUAAAGCAACUAAAAUUUAAUAGCUGUAACUCAUAUAUUAUGCAAUUCAUCCAUUUAUAGUUGUACAUUUCACUGCCUUUUAGUGACUAUCCUCAUUUUCAGCUGCCAAUUGUAGAACAUUUGCAUAUGAAUGGAAUCAUGGAAUGUUGUUAUUUUGUGUUUGGCUUUAUAUAAUAGUCUCAAGAUGUAUAUUUGUAUUAGUACACAUUCCUUUAUUUUUAAAUUGUAAGCUAUACAUAACUAUAUUAUUUUAAUCAUCUUUUAAGUGUUCAGUUCUGUUGCAUAAAAUAUAUUCACAUUGUUUUGCAA